AUGGAGCCAGAAACUCUCAAGAAGUUAAUAGAGGAAAGACUAGCCGCAGAGUUGGUUCUCGUACAGGACAUGUCGGGCGGGUGCGGCCAGGCGUUUGCCGUAGUGAUUGUCUCGACCAAGUUUGAAGGCAAGAACAAAUUGGCGAGACAUCGGUUAGUUAACUCGGAGCUUAGGGAGGAGAUUGCUGCGAUACAUGCGUUUACGCAGAAGACAUUUACGCCGAAAGAGUAUGAGGAAAGCGGCGAGAGGUAG